AUGGAGCUUAUUAACCAGUUAAAAUUUGCCUUGCCCGUUCCGUGGGUGGGUGCGGAUGGGUGUGCCACGGGGAAGAUCCCCGAGUUGCCUGGGUGGCUGUGGGAACCGGUGUUGGCAGCUGGAGGGUUCGAGCAGGAAUCCAGGUCCUUGAUCUUCCUGCUGGUGAUUCGCAAACACCUUCGCUGCCGCUUCAAGUCUGGACUGGUGUCUUCUGUGAAUUGUGCUGGAGUUGUUGAAGAGGUCUCCAGCUCAGGAGUGGUGGCGGCUGCUUACCACUACACCGUAGCCAUGGGUUGUGCUGGAGAGUCUGGGAAAAGCACCAUUGUGAAGCAGAUGAAGAUUAUUCAUGAGGACGGCUACUCGGAGGAAGAAUGCAAACAAUAUAAAGUGGUUGUCUACAGCAAUACCAUCCAGUCCAUCAUUGCAAUCAUAAGAGCCAUGGGCAGGCUAAAGAUAGACUUUGGGGAAGUUGCCAGAGCUGACGAUGCCCGUCAGCUGUUUGUGUUGGCGGGAAGCGCAGAGGAAGGCGUGAUGACCACCGAGCUCGCCGGCGUGAUCAAGCGGUUAUGGAGGGAUGCUGGGGUUCAGGCCUGCUUCAGCAGAUCCAGAGAGUACCAGCUCAACGACUCCGCCUCAUAG